GUCGUCUCGUUUGCCAAUUUCAAUGACGGCAGAAAUCUGUUCCACGGUUGAGUCUGUAAACCCUUUUACUCCUCCACCAGGAUUUGUACGAGUACCUCCAAAGGCUAGCAGCAGCCUGAUUACUCUCACUAAGAAGUAUGACAUCAUUCUCGGAAGCAGUUCGAAAUGGCGUCGGACGGUCCUGGAGGCCAGCGGUUGUCGGUGUGUGGACAUCAUAGCGCCAGAAGUCGAUGAGAAGAGCAUACGAGGCAGCUCUCCCUUGGAGACGACGUAUAAGAUCACCAAGGCGAAGGCGGAUGCCAUCAUGGAUGAGAUUGGAGACAGCGGAUGGACGGGGCUAUUAGUGUGCUCGGACCAAGUAUCGCUCUGUGAUGGUGAAUGUCGGGAAAAACCAGUGGAUGCUGCGGAAGCCCGGAGAUUCAUACGCUCCUAUACGGACGAUGGUCUGCCGGUCACAACGGUUUCCACGAUGGUUGUCGUUGAUAUCGAGACAGGCAAGCGAGCAUAUGGGAAUCACCAAGCUACUGUCAGAUUCGCGCCCAUUCCUCCUUCUGUGGUGGAUCGGCUUGUUGAGCCCGGACAUCCUAUCUAUACAUGCUCUGGUGGAUUCUCAAUCGACGACCCUAUCAUGGGACAGUACUGCAUAAGUGUCGAUGGAGGUGUGGACGCUGUUAUGGGCAUGCCGCUGGGCCUUCUAGAGAAGCUCAUAGUAGAAGUCACCUCGGAAACCAAUACUCAGUGAAUCUAUGCAAGGAAGUUUCGUG